AUGUCUGCUAAGACUGAGCAACACGGAAAAGCGAUUUCUGGUCUUAAGAUCGGUCCAAAAUCUCGUACAACGGUACGGAAGACUUUCCAUGAUAAGACCGAUGUAACUACUUCGAGUACCGAAGAUGUUGAUAUAACACAAGUCAGUAAAUCAUUAUACCAGUCCACAGAGGAAAGUAAUUUACUGAAAGUUCAAAAUGUGCAAGAAGUAGAUACACAAAAACUUGUUUCAAACAUACCCUGGCGGCGGUCAAAACAAGAGACAAAAGAAGAGAGCCUUGAGAUUAAGCAUUGGAGAAAGCAAAAACCAGAAACAAAACAAUCAUUUUCAGAUAAAAAGUUAAUAACAGAAGACACUACAUUGUUACAAGUAAAAGAUGACACUGAAAUUACCAGCACUAAUAAAGAAGUAUUGGAAGUUAAAUCUUGGAGGAAGCCGCGUAGCAAAGAUCUUUCUACGGACAAGAAAUUAGUCACUGAAGAUAGCAAUAUACUAAAAAUUCAGUCCGAAAUUGAUGAAGACAAAACUCAAACCUUGGAAACAAAAUCAUGGAGAAAACCUCGACGUGACGAUAAAUUGACUGAAACUUUAUCUACCACUGAAGAUGUCACGUUAUUACAAACAGAGGAAGAUGAAGAGGAAAUCCAAAAGAAGAUUUCUCAAAAACCACGCACUGAUGAUAGGAAGCCAAUCAUUAGAGACGAAAGAAAAGAUUCAAUUCCUUGGACUCAGGAAGGUAUCAAACUGCGUCCAACGAAGGUUGAAAAGGCCCCAUUGGUGAAGGAAAAAGUAGAAGACGUAACUUUGAAGAAGGUAAGGCGAGAAUCAAUCAAAAAAACAGAAACUGUAGAAGUUGAAGAACUUAUGACCUACGAAAAAGACACUGCAAUAUUGAAAAUUGAUGAAACUGAGCAACAAACAGUCAAAACCAAGGAUGAAGAUACACCUGUAUGGCGACGUAAAACAAAGAAAACAAAAGAAGAACAUGAAGAAGAUACUGAGGCACCCGAAGAAAAGAAGCCUGAAGAGGUACAGCUUAAGCCGGUCAAGAAGGAAAAGCAAGUGGAAGAAGCAAAGCCUGAGGAGCCCAAGUGGCCUACUGGCAGAAGGCGACCGAAGGAAGAGGAACCGAAAGAAGAGGUUGUACUCAAGCCAAUUCCCAAGCAAAAGGCACCCGAAGAAGAGAAGCCUGAAGAGGUGCAGCUUAAGCCAGUCAAGAAGGAAAAGCAAGUGGAAGAGGCAAAGCCUGAAGAGCCCAAGUGGCCUACUGGCAGAAGGCGUCCGAAGGAAGAGGAACCGAAAGAAGAGGUUGUACUCAAGCCAAUUCCCAAGCAAAAGGCACCCGAAGAAGAGAAGCCUGAAGAGGUGCAGCUUAAGCCAGUUAAGAAGGAACAGCAAGUGGAAGAAGUAAAAGCCCCCAAGCCAAUCAUCAAACAGGAAAGUCUCGAGGUAGAAACUAUUGAGACAACUGAAAAAACUGAAGAAAAGAAAAGGAAAAAGAUCAGGAAAGAAAAGUCUGUCGAAGAGAGCAUAGUUCAAGAGACGACUGUAGUUGAAAAGGAUGAACCAGUUCAAGAAAUCGAGGAAGAAGUCACUACUGUAGUUACGCGAAAGCAGAUAAAGAAAAAGAUUCAGAAAGAUAAAAAGAAAGAGGUGGAACCAUUAAUAAUUGAGCCAAUUAAGGCUUUGAACGUAUUGGAAAAUAGCACAUUAGAAUUAUCUGUUGUGUUUGAGCCUGCGGAUGAUAACAUAGUGACCUGGUACCGCAACAAUCAACCCCUUGAACAAAUUGACGACUGUAUCAUACACACUGAAAAUGGGAUAUCAACAAUAAAAGUACAAAAUGUAGACAAAAAGAAAGUAGGAAAGUAUGAAGUUGUAAUAGAAAAAAAUAAUGUGGUGGCCAAAUCGGCGAGUUCCAUUAAACUACUAAAAUCAUUAAAUGAAGAUCAGAUUUCACCACCCGUAUUCACUAAACCUAUUCGACCAAAAACGGUCACUUUAGGGGAUAUAGUAUUACUUGAGGCUGAAGUUUCAUCAAGUCCGACUGCUUCUUUCCAAUGGUUCAUAGACACGAGAGAAGUAACCACAUAUGCUAAACAAAACAAAUUAACUAACAUAUAUGUAACCGACAGGGAAAAUGUUUCAUGUCUGUGCAUUGAAAAUAUAAGCAAAGAUUUCUUAGGAAUCAUAACAUGUAGAGCAGAAAACUUUGCGGGAUCAGUUUCAUGUUCUGCUUCACUGCUAGAACAAACAGAAAAGGAAUUUACAGGGGAAGCGCCAACAAUCAUUACUCCCUUAGAAUCAGUGAUUAUAAUGGAUGGGGAACCAAUAAAACUUUCAUGCAAAAUCAAGGGGCAACCCUGGCCUAAAGUCGAUUGGUAUCAUGAUGGUACACUUGUCCAAAGAGCUAGAGAUAUUACAGUUGCCCGACAAGAAUCGGGCUUAUGUGAAUUGUGCAUAAAAGAAGCCUUUCCUGAAAUGUCAGGAAAAUACAGAUGUGUAGCUACAAAUGAAUUUGGAAGUUGUAACUGCGAAUGUACUGUUGAUGUUGAAGCAUAUGAAUAUGUACCCAGUGCUUCAGAGGAGGAUAUACUGAGCGAUGAGAAAACGAGUGACAUUGAGGAAUUCGCUCCACGUAUUGUUAAAGCCUUACCAACGGUUGUAACUACUACAGAAGGAGAAUUAACCAGAUUCGAGGCAAAGGCUAUAGGCAUUCCCAAACCAGAAAUUAGAUGGCGCAAACAAGGCGUAGAGAUUGUCCAGUCCCAAGAAUAUCAAAUAGAGGAAAUGGAAGACGGUACUUCAAUACUGAUAAUACCCGAGGUGUAUCAAGACGACACUGGGGAAAUCGUAUUUGAAGCAUUCAAUCCAUUAGGAGUAACUUCAACGAUUGCAGCACUUUCUGUUGAAAGUAUAAUUGGAACCAAAGAAUAUCGAAAACCAGAAUGGGUUACUCACAUGGAGGAACUACAGGCCGCCUUGAAAGCAACCCAGUCAGUACCCACGUUUGUGAAAGAUGUUCUAGGAGAACGAGUGGAUGAAGGUGAAACCGUUACUUUCGAAGCCGUGUACAGUGGAAAUCCGACGCCAGAAAUAAUUUGGUACAAAGACGACAAAGUUAUAAGGACGGACGAACGUUUUACAAUUGAAAACAAAGAGAAUCGUACAACAUGCACAGUGAAAAAGUGUGUUAAAGCAUUAGAAGGAACAUACAUGUGCAAAGCAGUCAGUGACAUAGGCAUGGCUAUUACUAAAGCAAAAUUGCAAGUGUAUGAUAGCACAGAUAAGGCUAAAAAAGCCAAACAUCUUAAAAUAAAAGACAGAUUAGAAAAAGUUGCAAAACGCGAAGAACAGAUUGUUCAGGAGGAAACUGCUAAGGUUGUUUCUGAAGUUGUUAAAGACUCUGCAGUUGUAAUAGAAGAAGUGCAAACAACUGAAAAACCGAAACCUGUUAAGAAAAUAGACAAACAAAAAGCAAAGAAAGUUGUCACUGAAGCUGACUAUGUUGAAACUGUAGAUGUUGCCACUUACAAGAAGGCCGAUAAAAAAGAAAAGUUAGAACCCAGCAAAGAAAAAGCAGAGCCGAUUAUUACUCCACAUGAUUAUUUAGUAUCAUCGCAACCAGACAAGGAGGAAAUGGUUCAGCCGUUCGAAGAGUCAUUUGAAACUCAAAAAGGCAUAAUAAGAAUGGUUGAAGGUGAUUCCCGGGUAGUAGCAGAAAUAAAUGAGCUGUUAGAAGUCAUAAAUGCCAAAGAGUUCGGCCCUGGUGAAUCUCCACUAAGAGAAUUAGCCAAAAUAGGAUUCAUGAUGAGGAACGGCCUCACAAUAGAACAAAUUGAAAGUCUGUACGAUUCUCAAUAUUUCCCAGCGUUACGAGUUCCGCAAUCCCAGUCGGCCUUAGUUCGUUUGGUAGAGCGACAAGGUCACGGAGCACUUAUUACAGAAGUACUUACGGAAGAAACUACGCAGGACGAAGAUGUAAUAGCUGCUAAAGUUGGAUUCCGUGCUUUCUUGAAAAUGGUGGAACUGAAGCAUUCUUCGGUUGAAGAAGUAAUUGCGCAUUUCUAUCCAGAAGAUUUUAAACCACGGUCCUGGGAACAAAAAGAGGCACAUGAGGUAAUAGUCGAGUCGGCAGCUGAACAAACGGCGGAAGUACAUACUACUACGGUUAUAAAAGAUACUACCAAACUGUCGGAAGUUCAAGAUAUCAAAGAAAAAGAACAAGUCAAACGCAAAAAACACACUAAACAGAAAAUAUCUUUAGAAGAACAGCAAAUAGAAGACCAGUGUACAGAAGAACAAUUAAUUACCAUUAAAACACACCAACCCAAAGAAAAACAAGAACAUUACAUUGAAGACGAAACUGGUAUCCUUGAAAAAGAUGAAAUACCUUAUCUCACAACAAUUGCAACUGACAUUUCUGACAAUAAGGUAGAGAUAGUUCCCGCAAGUCAGGUGACACAUAUACUAUCUGACAAGACAUCAACAGAUGCUACUGCCAACUUGAAAUUAGAUACUAACUAUUCUUUGAUCGCUGAUGUACAAGAAGUUCAUGAAAAGGAAGCGCAUCUGCAAAUAAAAGAAAAUAAUAAACUUGCAAUAAAACCAUCAAUAAACGAAAUCGAACCUCUAGUUGUAACAGAAGUUGAAGUAAGUGGUUCCAUAGAUGAUUACCAAACAAAUAAAAGCGCUUCUGAAAAUAUUGCAAACAAGGGCAUUGUCCCAGCAGAAUCUUUUGUGACAACUGAAAUUCAUGCAAAUGUCACAACCACAGAUUUAGAAAAAGAUGAAAAACACGCGGAAAAAGCCAAAACUACUAUGAUUUUAAAAGACGCUCUUAACAUAACAGAAGAAAUUAUUUCUGUUAAGGAAUCUCCUCUACAAGAGUCACCUACCAAAAAAUCCAAUGCAUCUAUUGCAUUCUCACCAUUAGUAGGAUUAAAUGUUCUUGAAAUUAAUGAAGAAAUGAAAGAAACUGACGUAGUUAACGUAAACAUAGAAAAAGCAGCUACGUCCAAGCUUAAUUUCAAUUUGUUAGAGUCGUUACAAGUUGGUGAAGUUUUUGUUGAAGACAAGUCAGGGAAAUACUAUCCUGAGCUGAUUGUACCCACGGAAAUGGCACGUAAGGACGUUCUCGUUUCGAAUCAAAUAGUAACAGAAGUCCACAAUGUUCAAGAACGAGAAGGAGUCCUAUCAGCGCUUAAAAUGCCUCCAGCACAAGAAGCAAAUGUAGAUAUUGCAGCAAAAGAUAGUUUGGUUAUUUCCAUCGGAGAAUUGCAUGAAAAGGAAGGAGAAUUUCCGGUGAAAGAAAUGCCAGCACAAGUUUCUGUAAAUAAAGACAUAAUGUUGCAUACAGGUCUAGAUAAUAUAAUUACUACAUCUCACAUCAAGGAAUCAGAAUUUGUGGCAGACACAGUAUCCCAUAAAAAGGCCACAGUUGGUAUUAAUGAACUUCAACAUUCUUUUAAUGUAGAAACUAGUGUACACGAUUCUGAGACUUCGAUGGAAGAAACGCGAUCAGUAAUUGGUUUUCAUGCUGACAUUGCAAUAUCGGUCUUAGACAAAAAUGAUGUACAUGAAGUGAAUGUACAUGAAAGUGAAAAAGAUCUUGUACUGAAGGAAGACAAAGUUACAGCUAAAGCAGAUUUUGAUUAUAAAGCAUUUGAGCCCCUAAUUACAUCAGAAACAAUGCAAAUGACAACUACCGAAAAUAUUAAAGUUUCUGAUAAGCCAAUGGAAGAUGCUGCAGUAGAAUCCGUAAUAACUAAUCAAGCUAAAACCGUUUCUUAUCCAUUUAUACACGACAGUGAAUCUACAGAAGAAUAUAGGUCUAGAAAACCCGAAUCAGUAGCUUCUUCACUUAUUCCUAAUAUACCCCUAACUAUAUCAGAAACUGAAUUAUCAGAAUGCGAAAAUAAACUAACACUCAAUAAAUUACCCGAGGUGGUGCAUGCACAAUCAGGAUCUAGCCAUCCUCUAAAGACCCCCCAAUUAGAAGAAAUAAACACAGCCGAUCAAAUUGACUUCAUUACCAAACAACCAAACUUGUCUGAAAUUGCAUCAGAAUCAAGGGACUUACAGAAAGAAAUAACAGUCCUUCAAACAAAUGUUCAGGAACAGCUUUCACAGCUUGAAGAAAAUAAGAUAGCUCAGAGUGCAGCUCAAGCUGUUUUUAUCGGUAAAGAAAGUUUAAAUGUCACAGAAGUAGUUGUUAGUUCCACUGAACAAAAUCUUGUCACUGAUAAACCAAAACCAACAUCAACUGCUAAAGUUGAUAUAGACUCUGAUCGCAAAAUUGCUGUUGUUAUGGAGGUUAACUCACGGGACACGCUAGAUAGUCUCGAUACACAGACUUCAAAUUACGAAGAAGCCCAAAUGGUCUCUAGUAAUUUGAUUUCAGUGCAAGUAUCGCAGAAUGAAACCUUAGACAGUCAAUCAAUUCUACAAGAAGAUAUCAAGCCCGAUUUCAAAUUCUUAAACCCGGAGUUAAUUCCAGCUGAAGGCAUUUUGAAUGUAACGGAAACGAUGCAACACGAGAAGGAAAGUGAAUAUAAUACAAUUUCCGAACCACAAUCAUUUACAGCAUCAACUGAUAUUUCUGGACGACCAGUUGCUGUGCUGUCAGAGGUCACAGUAGAUUCAAGCGUAGGUUAUUCGGAUGACAUUGUUAAAGAUGUCCCUAAGCAGGCUAGUGUCCAAAAUAUAGCGCAUAAUGAAUUAAUCGUGAGUACUACCAAUUACAAUGAAAAAGAAAAUGUCCUGGAUACUAUGGUGAAGCCAAAUUCAUUUUUAGCCUCAUUAAACGUUGACUCCAAUCAAGCUAUUUUGGUUGAAGAAAGUAGAUCCGAACUGGCACCGGAAGUUCUAGAAGACAUAAAUAAAUUAUCGUUUGCCACUGCCAGACAAGGAGCGACAUUAACAGAAGCUAUAUCUCAACAAGAGAUUAUUGUUCACUCCUCAGAAGACAAGUUAAUCAAUAAAGAAGUGGACAGCUCCACAAAACCCACAAUAUCUCUUACAACAUUACAAGCACCACAAUAUGACGAAAACUUAGCCAUUGAACAAGAAAAUAUACUACCAUUAUCGAAAGUACCUGAAAAUCAACAAGCAGAACUUUCUAUAAUAUGCCAAAAGAGCUUACAAACUUCGGAAGUACUUUCACAUGCAGAUAAUAUAGAAGAAACUUCAAAACCGAAAACAGACUACAAAACAGCAUCGUCUAAAAUUGACGAAAUUUAUGGGAAAACUGCUCAUACUGAAGAAGUUAUUACCAGUGAGAUGGUCAAAGAAUUUAAGGAUGAGAAAAUAACGUUACAAAAUACCAGUGCAACGCCUAUUUUCAAAAAUACAUUUGAGCAAACUGAAAUAAUUUUAGGUGAAAAAGAAUCACUGAUACAUGAGCAACCAUUAACUCAAUCUUCUAUUAGUGGAGCAAUCACCGAAUCUGAAGCCAUAAUUACUAGCUACACUGAGACUGUCGACAGAGAAAAAGACUUUGAUGUUCAACAGCUGCAACCAAAGCAAGACGCAUCGGUUGGGUUCGUUCCGUAUAGUAGUUCAAUUGGUACAGAAGUUGUACCAUCUAGUAUGGUCGAAAAGUUUGAAGAUAUCUCUGUGAAAACUUCAAAAGCCUCAAUGACUCGUGAUGAAUUACAAAAACACAUACAGAGCACAGAAAUAUUGAUAGGUGAGAAGGAGACUGAAUUCAUAGACACUAAAACAGAUUCAUUUAAAGCAACACCAAAUAUAAUCGAAACGACAGCCAAAGAAAUCACUGAAAUACAAGCAGUGGAAAAGGAAAAUGUAUUGAACCGAAUGCAAGAACCAUUCUCAACAACCGCUCUUUCGUCAAUUAGUGAAAAACAAUCUAUACUAAGCACAGAAGUACAUGUUAGUCAAGACGUUGAGGAUCUAAGUACGCCUAAAACAAUACAUACAAGUGCAACCACUACUCACGGAGUACAGGAGGCCGUCGAAAAACUGGAACCAUUUAUAUGUGAAGUAGAAGAUACGUAUGAAAAAGACCUUCUUACAGUUCGAAAAUUGACGGGUACAAUAGAGGAGCAAAGAUCUGUGGACAUUACAGAAACAAUUGUUACAGAAAAAGAAAACACAUUAGAGUCAUUGGAACCAGUCAAAGGUGAAACAGUAAACUUAAGUUAUCAACCGAAGCAACAUGUUAACAUAACUCAAAUAACAUCUUCUGAAAAAGAAGAAGACUUGCUUACGAAAGGAUUAAUACCGGAAGGAAGACAGAUAAAACCUACUGUUGAUGUACCAUUGCAUUCAAGUUUAGGAAUAAAUGAAUGUAUUGUGAAUGAAAAAGAGGUAAUGUUGCAGUCACAAAGUGAAAUGAAAUCACAACAAAUAGGAUUUACUAUAGAGUCGACAGAUAGCUUGAGCAUAUCCGAAAAUGUUUUAGCAGAAAAAGAAGAGGCUUUAGCAGAAACUCGUAUUCCAAAAGGUAUCACAAACAAAAUAAGUUUAACAACACUUAAACACUUUAAUACAGAAUUGUUACAACCUUCCGAAAUUGAGGAGGAAAUGGAUUUGGUGGAUAACAGACGACCUGAAACUGGUGACCUAACUAUAGAAGCAGUAAAACCUCUUGUUAUUCAAGAGAUAAACUACGAAGAACAACCUACAGAAAUAAAAACUUUGGAAAAGCUCAAGGAACUCGUUCCUGAAGUUAAUUUGGAAGUUGGUCAACAUAUUACUGUAACGGAAGUAGAAAUAACAGAAAAAGAACAUGAUAUUGACACUAAGGAAACUCUUCCCCUAAAACAGGUUGAAGAAAAUUACACUACUAAUUUACCUAUUCAAAUAGAACAAAUUACUUUAAAAGAAUCGGAAGCAAUUUUAAAAACAGACAAACCGGUACAGCCUGAAGUACCGGGCAUUAUUAUUGAACCUAAACAACACAUUACUAUAACGGACACGAUAGGAGAAGAGAAGGAGCAAGAAUUGCUGAAGGAUGUAGCUCCAUUAAGCGUGAAACAAAAAGUAGGUAUAAAAGCUAAUGAGCACAUUACAACAACACAAACUGUACCAAUAGAGAAAUUUGAAAUUUUGGAAGACACACUUUCUAAAGAUGAAAAUGCUUUGACAAAACAAGUUGCUUACAACGAACUUAUAAAUAUUCAACCUCAUUUAGUAGAAAGUGUCAAAACCACAGAUGUGAACUAUGAACCUACUGAAGGUACAAUCCGAUAUGAGCUCGAGUUACACAAGAGCUACAUUACAUCUGAAAAUGUAGUGCAAGAAAUUUCAAAUGAAAUGCUAAGUCGUGACGAUAGCUAUAAAACUGCUGAAAAAGCGAUCACUGAAAUGAAAUCUAUUCAGCAAACUGAAAUAAUUGCAGGGGAAAAACCUAUAGCUUUUGAUAAGGUAGAUGAGCAAAAGCCGGAAAGAGCGGAUAAAAGUCAUAUAACUCAUCAAGAAGUAUCAAAUAUCAAACCCCAUGUAGUAGAAAACCUUGAAGACAUGCCAAGUUUCUUACAACCAGACAUGAAUACUGCAUCUUUGGACGUGGAAGCUCAUAAAUCCUAUGUUGUUUCGGAAAAUGUAGCUCAGGAGUAUUCAAAAGAUAUGAAAAUAAGUAAAGAACCAGCUAAAGAAGUAACAGAACAAUUAUUAGAAAUGAAGCCCAUUGAACAAAUGGAGGUAGUUGCUGGAGAAAAUAUUACUUUAAUGAGAACUUCAGAACGUGAAGAGAUUAACGUACACGGGAAACAUAUUGAAAUGCAACCUAUAAGUCAAAGUUCUGUAGUAGUACAUGAGAGUGAAAUUAAUACAAACUUUGAACAACUUGCGCCUAAGGAAAAAGCAUCGAUAGCUUUGAAUACCACAGAAAGUAUAACCGUUGAUGAAAUUACACAAGAAGAUUCACAAGACACUUUCAAAACAGACAAAAUAAAAACUGCUAGAGCUGAAAAAUCUAUUACUUUGUUAACACACGUUCAAUGCACUGAAAACGUUGCAGAAACUCAAGUCAAAGAAUUAAUUACACCAACAACACAGACUGAAACUACAAAAUUAACAUCAACUAGUGUAACACCAUUAAUAAUUACAGACAGUGAAAGUCUUCAACAUGAAACCGAAUUGCAUAUACCAGAAAUAAUAUCUAAAAAAAUAAGUAAAAGUUUUACAGUCGCCAAUGAAGUAGAAGUUUCUACAGAAUUCGUAGCUGAACAAGCAGUACCGUACUCUGAAAAGAAGCCGAAAUUAUUAGAGGGCAAAAUCACCACAACUGACGAGGAUCGUCAUGAUAUAUUGAUAACUAAACAAGAGGCUGAAACUCACGAAGUAACUCAGACGUCGUCAAAGUCAUCUGAUGUAGAAGAAAGUGAAGAGAUAGUUACGAAAUUCGUUCAAGCUCCGGGUAAUUCAGAACCCAUACAAAUUAAAACAAAGCGAACCAUAAUACGAAAAAAGAAGAGAUCAAGACAAGACGAAUCUGAUCAAGGAGAUAUAGUGAUUGAAGAAACUAUAGAAGACGAGGAUACAAAGAAGCCAAAGAUAGAGGCUGUUCACGAUUUAAAUAUUGAAGAAUAUGAAGGGGAUGAAGUAUCUGAAACUGAUAUUAACGAGAAAAGUACUAUUGAAAUGCCUGACGAAUUUUUACAUAUACCAAAAAUGCAGGCCCAGGUGCAGAUUGAAGAGAUAAGUGAUGAAGAAAAAUCUCCUGUAAUAUUAGAACUGGUCGAAGAGUCUGACAAGGAACCAACUGAUUUGACAAAAAAACAACUGAGUACCAAUGACACAAUCGACGAUUUCGUAGAGCCUCUCCAUGUGAAGACUACACAAGAAACCGCCAUAGAAGUCGAAGAGCUACCUGAAAUGGUAACAAUCACACAAGUAAAAACAGAGACUGAUAAUAUUAAAACAAUUGAGGCAAAGAAACAAAUAAAAAAGAAGAAACAUGGGUCCGAACAGGAAGUCACAGUAAACAAAACAAUCGACAAAAAAGAUGAAAAGAUUGAGCCUGUCGAGGUGGUGGAACUACCCGAAGAGACUACUGUUGAAGAAUUUACAACAACGGACGAUAAAGUAGAGAAAGCGGAUAAGAAGAAACCACAGAAAAUAAAAACACCGAGCAAGAAAGAAACAGACGCUAAACCAGGAGAUGUCCAGAAACCCGCUGAUCUAAAACUUCCAAAGAAAUUGAAACCAAUACCAAUUCAAAUUGAAGAGCUUAAAGUUACUGAGGCUCAACAUGCUCAAGAAAUUCAAGGUCCUCAAUUUACUCAAUUAAAACUUAAGAAGCCUGUCCAAAAGCCUAAACAGGAAUUACAAACUGUUUCCUUACCAAAAGUGCAACUCAAGAGCCGCAUAAGGUAUAACCGAGAAUGGCCACCAGCUGAAUUGAAACCAUCUAUAACAUAUUUGGGUAGUGUAAGACAAAAUGGUCAACUUUCGCGAAACAUCAAGGAAGCAGCUAAACUUAAAAAGAAGCCAAUCAAAAUCAAAGAAAUUCCCGAUUUGGAUAAAGUUGAACUUGAAAAACCAGAAGAGUUUGAAUUCACUGUUGAAAAACCUCAACAAGUAGAAGAAGAGAAAUACCCUAAACCUGGCGAAAUUAAACCAGAAAAGGAAGAUUUGCCAGAAAAAGUUAAAGAAAGGGUUAUUAAACAACCAGAACCUUUUGAAGAUAAUACAGUAGAACAACCAAAAAUGUAUGAAACAAAAGAACCAGAAAAUGUACUUCAAGAGAAUAUUGAGGAUCAUAAACGGGAUGAAGACAAGCCAGAUGUAGUGGAAAUACCAGAGAAAGAGAUAAUUGAUAGAGUGGAUGAAAUCCAAACUAUUGAAGAAGUACAGCCAGUUGAAGAAACGAAACCAAAGCCAAGUGUAGAAAAAAUCAAAAAGAAAAAGAAAGAACCCGUGAUUAAAACCGAAGAACUUAAAGAUGUGGAUCAGAUAACAGGAAAAGACGAGAUAAUUGAUGAACAGCCGGGUGAUGUGAUUGAAGAAAAACCUAAAAAGAAAAACAAAGAACAUAAAAUUGAAGAUAUUAAACCAGAAGAUCAUAUUAUUGAACAAAACUUAAAAUCUGAACCUGUAAUUAGCACCGAUGAACCUCUAAAUGAAGAUGAAAUAACUGAAGUAGAAAAGCCGAUUGAUGAACCAAAAAGUGAGCCACGUAAGGAAAAACCUAAAAAGAAGACGAAAGAACCUAAAAUUAAAACUGAAGAAUCUAAAACUGAAGAACAAUUAACUGAAAAUAUACCAGAAUCCACAGUGUUAGAAAUUUCUGAGGAAAAGGAUUUAAAACAAACAGAGGUAAAUGAUAAAACUGUCGUAGAAAAGAAACCUAAAGCAAAAAAGAAAGAUAAGCCAAGUAAGCCAUUCUUAGAAGAAGUUAUAAAGGCAGAAGAGCAACCAACUAAACCAGAAGAUAAACCAGAAAUUUCGGAAAAUUCUGAAAUUGAUCAAGAAACACCAGAAGCCCCUACUAUACCAGAACCGGAGAUUCCUUCAAUUGAGAAGAGAAAAACGAAGACAAGAAAAGCAAAACAAACAGAAAGUCAACCAGAACCAGAAAAAAUAACAGUUAAAGAUGAUCUGCAAACUGACGAAAAACCUAUCAAAAAACCAUCAAAAACCAAACUUACGCCGAUGAAGAUUGAGAGAAAAGAAGUCGAAAUAAGUAAACCUCAACAUGCAGAAAGCAUUGAGGGACCUCAAUUCACAAAACUUAAGUUGAAAAAAGCAGCAGCUAAACCUAAACAAGAUGCUCCAUUAGUAACUCUCCCAAAAUUCCAGCUGAAAAGUCGAAUAAAAUAUGUAAGCGACUGGCCUCCAGAAGAAAUAAAGCCCGUUAUAUCUUAUUUAGGUAGCGUUCGGCAAAAUGGCAUUUUAUCCAGAAAUGUGAAAGAAGCAGAGAAAAUUAAGAAAAAAGUUUACAAGCAGCCAAAGUUACCUGAAAUAGAAAAAACAGAGUUGGAGAAACCUAUGUUUGGCUAUGAAGAUAUAGUAGAAGCGAAAAAUCAAAGCGAACUUUCAGAAAAAGAUGAACCAUUAGAAGAAACAAAAGAAGAUGAACCUGAACAGUUCACUAUCAAACCAAAACGCCCAAGCAUCAAGAAGACGGAGGAAAUUGAAGACGAAGUCACGAUAAAAAAGAAACUAAAAGCUGUAAGAAAACCUUCAGUCACUUUGCCUGAAAUAACUGAACCUGAAAAUGUGACCUUCCGUCCCAAAUCGACUAAAACAAAAGAAGACGUUGAGCAAGAAUUUAAUAUACAAUUAGAUUCAUAUGCUGAAGAAGAAAUAUCGAUGUCAAGUAAAGUAAAACUGAAACCACAAAGGCGACCCACCUUCAGCGAAGAAGCCAACGAAACCUCUAUUAAGUUUUACGAGGACGUUGAAGAUAAACCAGAUAUCAUAGAAAUCAUAGAAAGUGACGAGGAAAAAUCUGACAAUGCUGCUAAUGUAGUAAUGCCUCUGAAAAAGAAUAAAGAUUUUAAACAAGAGACACACGAAGAAUCAUCCUCAAUAACAGUAUCAAAGCCUAAGAAAAAGGAAAAUGAGUCGAUAAUUUCUCAGGACGUCAGCAUCAAAUUAGAUAGAAAGCCAAAGUACACUGUUGAUGAACAAGAAGAAGUUUGUUUCGAUAUAAAGCCCCAGGUUGAUCAGUAUACACAAGAAGAACUGUCACUUUCAAGCAAAAUUAAGUUAAAACCUAAAAAGAAAAUUACAAUAUCAGAAGCUGCUGAUGAAACUUCAAUCCAACUGAAACAAGAAGUCGAAGAUGAUAGUCAAGUAGAAGAAGUUAUAAUUAGCGAAGCAGAAGCUGACGAUAAUGUUGAAAUGGUUAUCAAACGAAAGCCUAAAAAACCAAAAUAUGAAGUCAGCGAGGUAGAAGAAUUGAGUGUUGAAUUUAAGCCCAAAAGAAUUAAUGAAGAUACAUAUGAAGAGGAACAACUUACUAUUUUAGCUAAGAGGAAACCUAGAAAGCCCUCAACUUUGCAAGAAGCUGAUGUAUCGAUGAGCAUUGCCAGAGAACAAGAAUUUCCAGAAACUCCCGUGGACGUGCGGAGCGGUGAUACAGUCUUUGCAGUAUAUUCUUACGUGGCAGAGACAGACGAGGCUAUUAAUUUAGUGGAAGGCGAAAGACUUUACAUAUUAGAAACUACGAAUCAAGAUUGGUGGUUUGUACGUAAACAUCUGACGGAAGAAAAGGGAUGGGUUCCUGCACAAUAUUUAAUGGAUGAAGCCAAUUAUACACUGUACUUGCAAAAGAAACUUAAUGAAAAGAUUGAUAAACUUCCCGUGUUCGAAAAACCAACACCAGAAGAGCAAGCAAUUGCGCCAAUAUUUACGGAAAAAUUACGACCUAAACAUACACCAGACGGAUCUACAGUACAAUUUGAAUGUCAAGUGGAAGGGUAUCCCAGACCCCAAAUAACGUGGUUCAGGCAGACGGCUAUCAUUAAACCUUCACAGGACUUCCAAAUGUACUACGACGAUGACAACGUUGCCACAUUGGUGAUCAGGGAGGUAUUUCCAGAAGAUGCAGGAACAUUCACUUGUGUUGCGAAAAAUGCAGCUGGGUUUGCAUCAAGUACCACAGAGCUAAUAGUUGAGGCUCCACUAUCUGACCACGGAUCAGAAAUGACCAUUCUUUCAAGGAAGAGUCUUUCUCGAGAAUCGUCUCUAGCUGACAUUUUAGAAGGCAUUCCACCAACAUUUUCAAAGAGACCGAAAGCUCAGUAUGUUGAUGAAGGAUCUCAAAUAUUUUUGGAGUGUAGAUUGGUAGCAAUUCCAGAACCAGACAUAGCUUGGUUCUUUAAAGGUGAAGAAAUCAUUCCAAGUGAAAACGUCUCAAUUGCUACUGAAUCGGAUAUGCACAUGUAUUGCAGUGUACUAAAAAUAUCUGACGUAAAGAAAUUCCAAGAAGGUACCUACACAGUGCUGGCUGUAAACAGAGAAGGUGAAGCUAGUUUACCCAUCGUUUUGAAGAUAAAAACUGGCCAGAAAGAAAAACCGCAAGUUAUUGAACCACUCAAGAGUAUGACGAUAAGAGAGGGAGAAAGUGUCGUACUUUCGACACAAGUUGUUGGUAACCCGCAACCAACGGUUAGCUGGUAUAAAAAUAAUAAACCUGUUAAAUCAUUAACUACAAAAUCAGAUGGUGACACUCAUACUGUAACAAUAAUAAAACCAAAGAAGGGCAAGGAUGAUGGAGUGUACACACUAAAGGCUGUCAACUCAGAAGGAACUGCGGAAACCAGUGCUGUCAUAAACAUAGAAGAACCAACUGAAGAAAAUGCUGAGCCACCUCUGUUUAUUAACAGAUUCCAGGAAAUAACGGUAAAAGAAAAUGGAACUAUAAAACUAGAAGCAAAAGUAACAGGCAAUCCUGUACCGUCAAUUACUUGGUAUAGAAAUAAUCAAAUAAUCACGCCAUCUGAAACCGUUACACAAAACUUUGACGGGGAAAAUAUUGAACUUAUAAUAGCAAACGUAGACUCAGAAGUAGAUUCCGGUGAUUAUAAAUGUGUUGCAUCCAACAGCGCCGGAAAAGCUUCUCAUGGCGCAAGAGUAACAAUUGACGUCGAUAAAGUAACGUUUGUCAAGAAUUUGAAAAAUAUUUAUGAAAUUGAAGAAGGCAAGACUGUAAUCCUGGAAUGUCAUACAUCUCAUACUGUCUCCACUAAAUGGUAUCAUAAUGAUAAGGAAGUAAGUGGAAUGGAUCAUAGGGAAAUCAUUCAGGAAGGUCGCGUACAUAAACUAAGAAUAAAGAAAACUAAACUAACAGACAUUGGUGUCAUAAAAUGUGUAGUGAAGGGUCAAGAAACAAGUACAAAAUUGGUUGUUCACGAAACCAUUCCCGAAUUUAUAAGACGUCUCCAAGAUUUUGAAGUAAAAGAAAGGGACAUUGCUAUAUUAGAAGUUGAAAUUAAUUCUGAAACUGCUGAUGUCUUUUGGGAGAAGGAUGGAGAAAGAAUCAAACCAAAGAAAAACAAGUAUGAACUUGAAAAACGUGGAAAUGUACGAAAACUGUUUAUUAGGAAUACUUCAGUUCACGACGAGGGCGAAUACACAUGUAAACUACGUGAUGAUGCCUGCACAGCAGAAGUGACGGUAGUAGAAUUGCCACCCGAAAUUAUAUCACGACUACAAGACCAGAAAGUAAACAAAGGUAACAAAGCAACAUUUGAUAUUGAAUUAACAAAGGGAGACGCCUUAGUGCAAUGGUUCAAAGAUGGUUCAGAAAUUCAAUUUUCUAAUCAUAUUCAACUAACAAUUGACGGCAAGAAACAGAAACUAAAAGUUUACGACUGUGACUUGACUGAUGCAGGAACAUAUGCUUGUGAGGUCGGAAAUGACAGAUGCACAGCCAAAUUGAUAGUUGAAGAACCUUCUAUUGACUUCGUUCUGCGACUACCUGAAGUAAUUGUAGUGCCUGCAAACACCGACGCGUAUUUGACUGUAGAAUUGCCCGAUGAAACCAUGAACGUCACUUGGUACAAAAAGAAGACUGUUGUUGAAGAUACCGAAAAGUUUACAUUGAUAUCGGAUGUUAAAAAACGUACAUUAAUAAUAAGGAAAUGUACAGAAGAAGAUCAGUGUGAAUAUUCGUGUGUCUUAUUUGAUGCCAAAUGUUCAACGAAAUUGAUAGUGGAAGUUGUAGAAUUCCCGCCGAAGAUUCUAGAAUAUGACCGUGAGUACAGAAUAAAGCGAGGUGGUGAUGUUACUCUUCAUGUCCAAUAUGAAGCAGCGCCUCAACCCAACGACGAAUGGGUUGUCAAUUCUAAAAUAAUAAAGAAGACAAAACACACUAAACCUUCUAUAGACUCGCAGUCUGCUAGUCUUACUAUUAAAAAAGUUGAGAAUACUGAUGCUGGAGUUUACAGACUUCGUCUCGAAAACAACUGUGGUGAAGCAAAUAUAGAAAUAAAUGUUGUUGUUAUAGAUAUAUCUUCGCCUCCUGGAAAACCAAACCUUCUGGAAACAACAAACAGCUCAAUAAACUUAUGUUGGGAUGAGCCUGAGAUGAAAGGCAAUGCUGAAAUAGAUUGUUACAUUCUGGAAUACCAAGAAAUUAACACAACUGAAUGGAUAUCGGUGGAGAACAUCAAGAAGACGCAGUUCUCCGUAGAGAAUCUGAAAACAAAAUCAUCAUACAGGUUUAGAGUAUUUGCUGUCAAUGAAGUUGGUGUAAGUGAAUCUUCAGAAAUAACAGAAUACAUUCUUGUGCAAGAAAUUGUUAAAGGCCAAGCUCCAACAGUAGAAAAGCCACUGAAAGAUACUAUAAGUGAACCAAAUGAAGAUAUAGAACUCACGUGUAUUUUCGGUGGUGUGCCAGAACCUAAAGUAACGUGGCAUAAAGAGAAUAAAAAAUUAAAAACUGCUAAAGCUACAUAUAUCAACAGAGUAGCCACUUUAGUUGUCACAGCAACGGAAACUACAGAAGGCAGAUACAGUUGUAUAGCUAGUAAUGAACAUGGAGAAGUCGAAACUUCAUGUAACUUAGAAGUACAACAAAAACCUAUUAUCAAAAUAUCUGACGAAGAAAUUAAUCAAAAACACAGAGUUGGAGAACAAUGGUCAGUGGAGGCAUUAGUUAACGGUAUUCCUAAGCCAAUUAUCAAUUGGAGUUUUAAUGGUAACAAGAUUGAAGACCUUGAGGAUAUUCAAAUUGUUACUGAAGAAAAUGUUAGCACAAUAAAGAUAUCUAAACUUGCUCGUUCUCAUUCUGGAAAAUACACAGUUGAAGCACAUAACAAAGCUGGAAGCACAUCCAUUGAUCUAUUGCUUAAAGUUUAUGACAAACCCAGCAAGCCAGAAGGUCCUGUUGUGAUGCGAGAAAUCAGCAGAGAAUCAGUUACAAUUGAAUGGAAACCACCACUUGAUGAUGGUGGUUUAGAAUUGACAAAAUACGCAAUAGAAAAACAUGAACCCGACACCAACAAAUGGGUCAAAGUGGCUGAUGUAGACAAAGAUGUUGAUACAUAUUGCAUACAAAGACUAAACGAGAAUUGUGAAUACAUGUUCCGUGUCAUGGCGCAGAACCCCAUAGGAUUCUCUGAAGCACUGGAGAGUGAACCUAUAAUUAUUAAGACAGCUCUGGAUGUGCCAUCUCCGCCGCUUGGUCCACUAGGCUUCUACGGAAUCAACAAUGACUCUGUUACUAUUACUUGGCAUCCAUCUGAGAAGAACGGGGGGUCACCCAUCAUCGACUACAGUGUCGAAAUUAAACAAGAAGGCAAGAAAUGGAAGCAUGUGGCGACAGUUACCAAAACUAUCGCUAAGAUCGAGAAGCUAACAAUAAAUACUACCUACACAUUUAGGAUAUGCGCAAGAAAUGAAAUCGGAACCAGCAUGCCUUACAUCUCAGAUGAAAAAAUUACUAUAGGAAAGACUUUGUCACCACCAUCGCAGCCGCAAAACUUUGCCGUAAGAGAAACUACUUCAAGAUCCGUUACUUUACAAUGGGCUGCGCCUGAGAGUGACGGAGGAAGUAUCGUGACAAAUUACAUUAUUGAAUAUAAGACUGCUAAAGCAAAAUCAUGGACCAAAGUAAUUACUGUUAGUGGUACAGUUUAUGAACAUUGCAUUGAAAAUAUUAAGGAGAAAGAGGAACUGGUCUUCAGGAUAUCUGCUGAAAAUGCCAUUGGUGUCAGUUUGCCCGCAGAGUCCCAGGGAGUCAGACUCGAGAAGCAUGCGACUGUGCCAUCACCGCCAACUGCUCCUCUUGAAAUACGCACUGUGGGCAGCAACAUUGUUAUGACGUCUUGGGGAACUCCCGAAUGGGAUGGUGGAGCACCACUGUUGGGCUACAACAUAGCCAUACGAGAUGUCACCAAAACAAUGUGGAUGGAGGUUGGAAAAGUCGAUGCUCAUACGCUCAAGUUCAACAUCAAAGACUUAAGUGAUAACCAUACCUACAUGAUAAGGAUAUACGCUCGCAAUGAAAUAGGAAUCAGUGAGCCUUUAGAGUCAGAUGAACCCUUCAAGGUUAUACCUGGAGAAGACUCGCACGCUGACGAGGAGGUGGGCGAGCAGACCGAGAUGACGGAGCCGACGUCGUUCAGCACGCAGACCACGACGUCGUGGAUGCGCGAGCACAACAUGGACGCCGACAUCCGAUCGUACGCGCGCGGCUCCCUGCUCCGUCGCGACGAGUAUUUCUUCAGAAUAUGGCACUACGCUAAGCAACUCUUCAAGUGAUGCGACAAGUCCGCGCAUUCAUUAACCUGUGAUAUUUAACGACAAAAUAUUUAAAGUUCAUAGUUGGCGGAUAGUAAUGUAUAGAUACACUUACUUCAACUAGACAGUGAAUCCACCCACGAACUCUGUCAUUUUUUUAAUUUUAUAUUAUUAUGUUUUUUUUUGUAUCAGCAUGUAAUAUUUUAUUAUUUAUUUUAGAUAAGGAUCAAUUAUUUAUUUAUCUAAUUUAUUGUAAAAAUACUGACUGGUGUGACCAUUUGAGUCUCAUUCAAUACUUUUUAAGGGAGACGUAUUAAAUAUAGGUGCAAAAUAUUUAUUAUUCGAUAAAUUGAGUGAGGCUCAAAUCACAUCACCAGCCAGACUAUUAAAAGAUUUAAUAUAGCAAUUUUAAAAAUAA